AUGCAUCUACGCGGUCCGAUGAACGUGUCUCAGAUAGCCGUGUACAAGCUGCCGGACCUGUCAAUAUCCAAGCGAGACUCUACCCGUCGAACCGGAGGGCGAGCGAACAGACGACGGAAGAUGCAAAGACCUCCUUCAUCUUCGCCGUGUGCGCAUAGUGCAAGCGAAACGAGCAGCCCAAGUCCGCUUCCACCUGUCAAGCGCGAUGAACCAUCCCCGACUGCGAUUGACACCCCUCAGCCAGCUGGACCGUCCAACAAACCAUCAUAUGAUAACAACGUCAAAGUCACUGGAGCUUCAACCUGGAGUCGCGUGGCUUACUAUGCUUCCGCUGCACCCGCCGCGGCAAGUGGCUUCGCGUUUCUAGCCAACCUAGGCGAUCCUCAGAGAUCCGGAACCUUUGACUAUGCGUUCGGUAACUCCCUCGGCUACGUGAUCGGUGACGGGAGCAGAGUGGCUGCAGACAGUACGCCUUUCGACGGCACUCUUGAGACGUCGGAGCGCGAAAUUGCCGUAUUUACCGAGAAAGAAUGCGACGAUAACUGCGAGUACGCGAGGCCGGAUGCUACUGCACACUACGGCUGGGACGGGCCUUCUAAAGCUUUCUUCAUAGAGUUUCAGAUGGAUCAUUACGACAAUUACGGUUCAGACCAAGGUAUGCUAUCCGACGCACCUGCCUGGUGGUUCCUCAACGCGGCUAUCCCACGCAUACUGCAGUACGGAAAUGACCGUAAGAAUAUCCCCUGCUCAUGCUGGUCGACUGGCUGCGGCGAGUUCGACGCUUUCGAGAUCUUGGGACGUGGGGAGGUGCGUGCAAAAUCGACAAUCCAUCGGCAGGGCAACCUCGAAGGCGGUGACAGCAAUUACUUCCUCCGUCCGGUUGGCAGAGCAAUCAAGUUUGCAGUCGUAUUCCAUAAUUGGAAUAUCACCGCUAGAGUCUUGGACGACGGGUUCGAUUUUGGAGCGAGCUUGACACAGGCGCAGAUUGAUGACAUUCUAGCGUAUGAUGCGAGCGACUACUCACACUCAUUGUUCUCGAUUGGCGAUUGA